AGGUCCAUAAAUGCACGGUACGCACACACAAACCACACGCUUUUGUACAUACAGUAAUAAAUUACGUUACAGUUAAUGCAUCGAGUAGAUCCGUGAGAACAGCGCUGACCGUCUAUUCAUAUCACACAAAAUGGCUCUUAAAAGAUUAAAAAAGGAACUAGCUGACAUUGAGAAAGACCCACCCGCAAACUGCUCAGCGGGGAUGCAACAUGAUGAUUUACUGCACUGGACAGCAUCGAUAAUGGGACCUAAAAACAGCCCAUAUGAAGAAGGUGUAUUUAGUCUUAGUAUCCAGUUCCCCACAGACUAUCCUUUCAAACCACCUAAAGUCAACUUCACAACAAAAAUCUAUCAUCCGAAUAUAAACAGCAAUGGCAGCAUUUGUCUCGAUAUUCUAAGAUCACAGUGGUCCCCCGCUCUAACAAUAUCUAAAGUUCUACUGUCAAUUUGUUCGAUGCUGGAUGACCCGAACGCAGACGAUCCGCUAGUGCCCGAAAUCGCCCGAGUGUACAAAGUGGACAAGGCAAGGUAUACCAAGUUAGCCAGGGAAUGGACAGAGAAACACGCCAUGAGUGAUAUUAAAUCAAGUGUAAUGAAGUGAAAAACACAUGACAGGAGCAAAGAGAGCGAGGGAGGGAGUGGCCCCAUAAUAUCUUCUCAUUUAUUCUUUAUUUUUUAUUAGUCUUAUUAUCAUUAUCUUUAUUGUUAUUUUUGUGUUGUUCCCAAGGCAUUGGGGGAUAAAAUUGACUGCAUGAUCAAAUUUCAAUGCACCCUUCAUUCUUGGUCAGUUAUAUCUUUAAAGGGAAAGUCCACCCAUAUAUGAAGUCGGCCUUAAUGAAGGCAGAACAAUGAGAGGAACAUGUCUGUGAAAGGUUUUCUUUUGUCAGUGUUUUUCCUGCUUUUAUCAAUACCAGCUAAUUGUUGGGUAGACUUUCCCCUUAAUAAUGUGGUAAUAGGAUAUCAUAUCCAUUCAUCAAAUUGCCCUCUAAAAUGAUUUCUAGAUUUUUGUAGUCAGGAAGGGAAAGUAAUAUUAACUGAAAAAUUGGAUUUAUAAAUAAUUCAGCAUGUGCCAUAUACCCUUUAAUAUGUUGAUAUCAUAUAUUUACUUUGAUACUUUCUUAAAACUAGUCCAAGAUGGGUUGGGGGUUUGCAAUAUGACUCCUUUUCCUGUCACAUUUUGUUUCAGACAUAAGUAUCAUAUUAUUGUUUAAUUCUUGAAUAUUUUAUGUAAUGAUAUUUAGGAAUAGUGCCGCAUCCUGAUGAAAUAAGACUAAACAAAUAAUAAUCACAUUUACUGUGAUAUGAUGAUUGGUACUACGUUUUCUUACUUCGUAAAGUAAUUCAUUGAAAGAUCUCUUCUUUUUUUCCUUCUUCAAAUUAAGCCUUUUAUACAAUCAAUAUCUUUAUCAUAUUUAACAGAAGUUAACCUGAAUUCUUCAUGCAAUUAUUAGAAUAAGUCCUAUAUAAAGAUGUGAGUUGUAAAGAAAACACAUUUUAUCAUCACCAUAACACUAGCUAGAGUUCUGUAAUUGUGAAGAUUCCUUUUGAAUAUUGAGUAUGUGUAGUGAUAGUUUUUUUCUUGUAAACGAAAGGAGUUUGUAUCAUAAGGUAUGUAUGUGUACACCCCUUGUUUAUUCUCCUUUGAAUAUUUGGGCCUCUCUAUUUUAAAGAGUUUUGAUUGGUCUGAAUCAAAUGCAUUCGAUUUCAAUCGAUUGCAAUUUAUCUGAAUCAAAUGCAUUUGAUCUCAAUUGAUUGCAAUUUAUCUGAAUCAAAUGCAUUUGAUUUCAAUCGAUUGCAAUUUAUCUGAAUCGAAUGCAUUUGAUCUCAAUCGAUUGCAAUUUUUCUGAAUCGAAUACAUUCGACCUCAGUUGAUUGCAAUUAAGCUACAUGUAAAUAAAUGCAUUUGAACUCCAUUGAUUGCACUUAAUCCAAAUUGAUUGCAUAUCCACCUGUCGUCCUCUUGUGCUUUGAUUCUUGCAUGGGACUUGGAUGAAUGACUAUUUGGAUCAAAACAUGGCUCGUAGUAGUUAUAUUCUCCUGUGUAUUUAAGCAGCAUUCUAUUCGCAUUAAGGUACUACUUGACAUAAAAAUUGAAACAAUUAAAAAUCAUUCUGUUGUAUUAUUGGAGAAAAAAAAUCUAAAGUGAAAUUUCAUAUAAAGGAAAAAUGCAGAUAAAUAAAGCAAACAUUUCUUUCCUGUUGUGCAUGUUCUUUUGAAAAGGCAUAUAGAAAGAUUUGUUGUGCUAUAGGAGACAGUCAUAUUGGUUUUCUUAUGCACCAGAAAUUAAUGUUUGUUUUUUCUUGAAACAUAUUCUCAUUUUUUUUCAACCACAAAUGUUUCACAAAUAUAUAGAGUACCUUUGAUUUACAGUAGGUAUAAGCUAUAUGAUCCUGUUGGAAUGCAAGAAGACAUUGAUUACAAAAUAAGAAAUGCUUGUAUGUAAGUUUGCAAAAAGUUUGAAAACAAAAUGCUAGUACAUGCUUGAGUGUCGGUAUGUGUUGGAGUAAGGACCAGAAUGUUGGCCGUUUUGACCACCAAGUUAAAGGGUUCUUAAGCCAGGACUCUCUCUGACUUAGGCAAGGGUAUCUUGCAUGCUUCAACUGCACAUAGUGGUAUCUUUGUAAAGAAGUUUUGCUAUUUUGUAAAUGUAUUUAUUGUAAUAUGAAGAUGGUGAAGUAAAUAAUUAUCAAGAUGUUUGGAUGAGAAGGAUUUUUACAAUCAGGGGUAUUGAUAGAGAGGGAAUCAUUUAUAACGUUACUUGGGAAAGAUUAUAGAUAUGACAAUAAUUUUACCCCCAAAAUGUAACGGUAGCUGAUUUGAAAUAUUUCCAUAUUCAUUUAAAGAUUCUGUUUCAAGCUAGUCUGAGUUGUAGGAAGGGAAAUGAAAUUGUUAGAUACUGACUUCAGUUCAUCCUGCAGUGUCUGCCAUGUGCUAAAUUGAUCACUUGGGAAAUCGGGUUAAUUAAAAACAUGUUUUGGGUGCUUGGCAUGUAGUUAAGAUGACUAGCUUUCUUUAGCUCAUUGGUUAGCUGUUGUGCAUUUUUCUAUAAAAAAGUCAUAAUAUUGUAUUAAACAUUCAGCAUAAGUUUAUUUGAUACUGGCAAAUCGGUUUCCUUAAUUUCCAGAACUCAUGUUUACCUUCAAUACAUGUGGAAAAAGAGGAGAAUCUUUGCCAAAACACCAGAUAAUCCAUUGUAUAUAUUCUGUGGAAAUAAUUCUUGGUAGAUACAGCACAUAUUUCCAGACUUUUUCUUCUUCAAAAAUAGAGCCAUCUUGUAGUAUUUGACGGUUAUAAAUAUGCUUCUGUAUACAAUUCAAUAGAGGCGAAGUGAUUUUCCAGAUGAUAAGGGGUUAAUGUGUAAGGGAUCUACCAAUGCAAUGUACAGUCUUAUUGUGUUUUCAUUUUUGUGUGUGUGUUUAAUGGAUGUGAACAUGAUGACACCAAUUCAUAAGAUAUGGGGAAUCAGCUAUACAAUGGGACUUGAACCCUGAACCUUACCUAAAACCACCCCACAUCCUUCAGUCAAGAAAAAGAAAUAUAUAUAUCAUCUGUUGAGAGCAAGAAGGCCUUUAACCCCAUGUUUAAGUGUAUGCAGUUAGGCCCUUCUGACCCUCAGCUAAUGAAAAGGGCUACAAGACCAUGUGAUAAACCAAAGGCUAUACAUACAUGUAUAUUGUUCUGCACUGUAUCUAUGCUGUUAAGAAACAUUGAAUCGUUUUAUUUCACUUUAUGACAAGAAUUCAUUGAUCUCCUUUAAAAUCCUUCAAAAUACAAUCACCCACUACAUCAUUAUGUGCAUGCUCCAUUUUAAAAUCUGUUUGCAUGAACAGAUGUAAUAUCUUAAUAUUUAACAAAAUGACUUGUAAAUACAUUAAGGUGUAACAUAUACAAUUGAAUUCAUUUUGCUGUUCUACAUGCAUAUAUGCCCAGUAAUACACCUUUUAUGUUUUCGGUAGUACUUAUAAAAUUCUGUAAACCAAAUUCAGUGCACCGUUUCAAUUUUUCAAGAAAUAUUAUCGUAACCUCACAAUGAUUGAACAGGAUUCUAUACAGGGUGAACCAGAAACCCCCCAGACAAUUCUUGUUAAUUUUUUAAAACAAUAGUGGUCAUUCCUUUUAAGAUUACUUUAAAACUAGGUUUUUCAUGUUUCAUGUUCAUGUCUGUUUGAUGACCAAGGAUGUUUAUUGAAGAUUUGCUCCUUCUUGAAAUCCAUAAGAGUGCCAAUAGUCCGAUGUAUGUAUUUUCUUGUUAUGGAGUAGAGCCACAAUCCUACACCUCUUAGUCCCCGUGCACUGGGCCCUGUUUCAUAAAACUGGUUAUCAAUAUCAAGUUACGAUAGUUGUUAUAAGCUACUGAAAUCCUUGCUUUUGAUUGGCUAUGAGCAGAUUUGUCAUAGAUCUGUGGCAGGUGUUAUUGAUAACAAGUUUUAUGAAACAGGUCUCUGGUGUACCAUCAAACCAUUAAUCUCUUCAUGUAUGGUAUAUCUGUAUGAUAAAAGAAAAUCAAUGAUGCUAUAAUCAGGUAUAAGGCAGUCUGAUUUUUUUCUCACAAGACCAUGAUUUUCUUUCUUUGUGGCUAUUACAAGUUUUUAUUGGCAUUCUAGUGAAGCACAGAUGCACCUUUUGGGGGUAUUCAUGGCAUGAUGAGUAAUUAAGGAGCUGUUUUCAUGAAGUAAAAUCAUUUCACAUUGUAUACUAGACAUAUUAUACUACUGUAUAGAACAUGAUUAGAUAUAUGCGAUGUAGAUAAUUGAAGGGAAAGGGGAAAAGGACAGAGAAAGUUCAGUUUAAGUUGUGUGCAUUCUGUCAAGUUUCAUCACUCAGAAAGAAUUGAAGUGCAUUACAAUGUAUUGAUAAGACGCACACUGUAUCACUGUAAAUUUAUUCUCUGAUUUAUGGUCUCUUUGCAAAACAUUGAUUGGUGUAAUCUUUACAAACAUGUCAUUAAUGAACAUGGUGUGACGUAUUGGAGUGCUGUAGUUUGACAUUUAAACAAGUUCAGUAGCAAGGAAACAGCAUUGGUAGAAUCUCUGGCAAAACAUGGGGGUUUUGUACUAUAAACACUUUUCUAUCAAACGAUUAAACCUAUGUCAAGUACGAUUAUAUUAAUUCAGAAAAAGAAAAAUACUAGUACAAAGUAUGUAAUUUUCAUGUCAUGUAUAUGUAGUUAAGGUAAUAAACGUCAGAUACGCCAUUAAA